GGCGAUCGACUAGCCAUCAUCGACAUCGUGCGAAAGUGUGCAAAAUGGCAACGAUUGAAGAAGUGAGCAGCGAGAUCUUGCACCUUAUUUACGACGUUAUCAGAAGUAUCGAGAAGGACUCACAUGACCCAACGCAAAAGCGGGAUAGCUACGACAGUGCUGCCAAGAUCCAGGAGCUGCGCGGCAAGCUGCAGCUGUGCCGCGACCUGAUCAACAAGCUGCCGGGCAUUGAGCUCACGCGCGAGGAGCAGCUGCGUCGGGUGGAUGCACUGCGGCGCCAACUGGCACGAAAGCGCGAGCUGCUGGUCAAGUACAAAAGUAUGUGCCACUUCGACAUGAAGUAG